GGGAAAGAGGGAGGACAUCGUUUCCUCUCCAGAACACACGCCGCAGGAAUAGACAGAACUGAUUGGGAGAAAGGGAGAAGAGGGGAGACAGAAGAAAGGAAAUUGUGAAGCAAAAAAUACGACAGCGUUCUUUGUUUUAAGUAAUCAAUUGAACGACCGAAGAGAGGAUUAAACUAAAACUGACUCCUGGUCGAAUAUUCUACGACAGCUAUGCUUACUGGGCAAAGGUGUCGUUUAUAAGCUAAUCACUAGGAUUAGGAGGACAUGUUUUAGGGAAUAGCCCUUCCGUUAAGGUAGGAUAUGGUCCUUGUUUUAAAUAUAUAACAUAGCCUUCACGCAAAUGCUGGACCGUUUGCGCAGAGGAAUCGUGACUGAAUAUUCCAGCAUUUACUGAAAUCGCUAACUUCGAGUAGCGUUUGGCUGUUUCAUUGUUAAACUGCUCUGGCAACAGCGACCUGAUAAAAUAAUUUAUUUGUGGGUUUGUAACGUUAUCUGUAAAGGAUUCAUAUUCGCGUUGAGGCCUGUAACGAUGAACUUGUAUCCAGCCUAAAGUAACAUCUUCUGUGAUACAUUUCACUUAAAUUAGGCCUAAUAAACGCGUUUCAUUUCUCAGCUGAAAUAGCGUAUGUUUCCAAAACUACUGUAUUUUGUUAUUACCACUUUGAUAAGGUUUACUGUAAAUCAACUGCGUCCAGAGAAAGAUUACUAUUAUGACCUUAACUGUCUUUGCUGUUGUUAACAAAGCAGGUCUAUUUAGGGAUAAAAGCAAGUGAUAGGCUAGCCUACAUCGCUAACCUUAGUGGAGAGUCUUGGAAAGAAGGAUUGGGGGGUUAAUAAGCCAAUUUUAGACCGCAAACAUACAAACUGCAGCUGUAUCAAUGUUAAUGUCGACCGACGUUGCAUCAAUCAUGUUGCCUAUGUCCCGGCCACUGCUGGACCGGGAUAGGGACUUGGACGCGAUGGCGGGAGUGCACGCCAGCUCGACCGGUGGUUCAUCGACCGUCAGGGGAAUGAAACGAGGGGAUCCAGAACCAGACGCCCAAACGGCGGCCGCUCUCACAGAGUCAUCGGGGGCAGAGUGCAAGCGUCCACGAAUCGACGGGUCUGGUGGAGUCGGAGAGCUUGGCCAGAACAACGACCCCCUGACGAUGGGUUACCAUGGAUACCCACCUCCUAGUCAGGGCUCUCAGGACUCCAUGGCGGCUCAGGAGGGGCUGGUGCCCCCGCCGUUCUCCGCCUUCCCUCCUCCUCCGCCUCCGCCGCCUCAGAACGGUCUGCCGCUGGAGUACGCUGGCGCCCUCUACCCUGCUGCCGCCCAGGGCCAAGUGGACGCCACGGGUGGCAUCAGCAACCCCGUCAGCGCCGCCAACAGCCUCGGCGCCCAGCAGUCAGAUGGGUCUCCUCAGACUGACGGUCACUGUGGCUCAGUGUCGGGGUCUGGGGUCAGCUGUGCUGAGGACCACUCGGAUAAGGCGACCCCGAAGCGCUUGCACGUCUCCAACAUUCCCUUCCGCUUCCGGGACCCGGACCUACGGCAGAUGUUCGGGCAAUUUGGGAAAAUCCUUGAUGUAGAGAUCAUUUUCAAUGAGAGAGGAUCGAAGGGCUUCGGCUUUGUGACGUUCGAGACCAGCGGCGACGCAGAGAGAGCCCGUGAGAAGCUGCACGGCACCAUCGUGGAGGGACGCAAGAUCGAGGUGAACAAUGCCACUGCCCGUGUGAUGACCAACAAGAAGCUGGUCAGCCCCUAUGCCAACGGAGAAGCUCUCACAACUCUCCCUUACGCAGGCUGGAAGCUGAGUCCCGUGGUGGGGGGCAUGUACGCGCCCGAGCUUUACGCCGGCGAGACUCUGGUUCCAGGGUUCCCGUAUCCUACGGCGGCGGCGGCCGCAGCGGCAGCAACAACGGCCGCCUCCUUUAGGGGCGCCCACAUCCGUGGACGGGGCAGGCCGGUCUACAGCGCGGUGCGGGCAGCCGUACCCCAGCCUGCCAUCCAAGCAUACCCAGGCGUGGUGUAUCAGGAUGGCUUUUACGGGGCUGCAGACCUCUAUGGUGGCUACGCAGCGUAUCGAUACGCUCAGCCGGCGGCCGCCGUAGCCGCUGGGCCCACAGCUGCUGCAGCAGCUGCUGCUGCUUACAGUGAUGGCUACGGGCGGGUGUACACUGCUGACCCCUACCAUGCGGCCCUCACCCCGGCCGCCGCCGCGGCGUACGGAGUCGGAGCAAUGGCUACAUUGUACAGAGGUGGAUACAGUCGAUUUUCUCCAUAUUGAUAAUGCCUUUCCUGGAACAUGUCCCCUUCCCCCACCUAUUUGGAUACUCUUUAACUGAUUUGAAAGAGCUCCCCCUGCAACUGUGGAGUGCAAUUGCAUCUCUCUCUGUGGUCUUGGUAGGAUUCAUACUAUAUCAGAUGCACAUACUCUUGGUACAACAGUAUAUAUUCAGUAAGGAAAGCAGUCGUGUGAACACAAUGCAAGUUUAUUUCCAUAUUGAAAACCGUUAACCACCAAUUUAAUUUGAACAAAAAAAAAAGAAAUAAGAAGAAAAAACAUGGCUGUCUUGAUAAAUGCACGGCUCCAAGCUCAGAACAAUUAUCCCUUUGUAUGACUCGUAUCUCUGCACAAACGCAUGCAGUUAUGGCCUCAAAUUCUUCCAGUUUUCCAAUGAACUGUGUUUUUGCACACAAAACAUAAAAAAUGGACUUUCACCAUUGGCGAAACCCUGUGCGGAAGGGUCAAGGACUGAGACGGGCGGUCGGCCUUGUGUCGCGUGUCCGUCGCCACGACACCACUUCCAACUCACAGGCCACCUGGGCUUCCAUGGACAGCGAGGGGGAGGGACAAGGAGAGGGUGAGGGGGGCACAGUGUCGAUCAGCUGGGCAUGUCGGGGGGGGCGCGAGCACAAAAAAUGACGACACUAAAAAAGAUGCCACAGUGAACCGCUGGAGGACUUGAAAACCCUUUGAUUUCAUUUUGGCGCCAGAGGGCGACGGCUUGCUCACAGUUUGUUACAGGCCUCGAGGAAAUGUCGCAUAGAGUGCUAGAAGUUUUCUUUGUUCACAUGUACACUCUUUGAGUUACUUCGAGUUGCUAUAAAACGAAUUAUGUUGUACAUUUACCUCAAAUUUUGUGGUCUCUUGAAAUGCAAACCUUUAAAACCGAAUAGAUAUCAUAUGCAAAGACACUAGAUUAGAGAAAAAUAGUGUUAUUAUAAUUAUUAUUAUUAUCAUUAUUAUUAUUAUUAUUAUUAUUAUUAUUAUUAUUAUGGGUCUAAUUAUUCUUAUCGUUACCCCUUUUAAAGAUGAAAUUAAUCUAGUUACAUAGAUAAAAUUUUCUUUAAAAUAAUUUAAUGGAGAGGAUGGUGAGCUCCCUGUGUUGAGGAAGAGAGAAGCCUUGUAAGCCAUAACUGUAUUUCUCCCUGCUUGUACAGUUAUGUUUUCUUGUUGUUAAUCAGGUUAUCCCUCUAGAAAAUUUAGCCUGUUUUUUGAGAAUGCACAGUUAUUAAAUUAUGCAGUUUUACAUUAAACUAUUUUUUCUUAGCCAGAAUGCAUUACCUUGAGCAUUCUUCCCUCCCCAAUUUUAACAGUAGUUUAGACAAUUAUGUAUGCAAGUAGCUGCCAACAUUAAUUGAGAGAAAGUAACUAUGAUAUCCUAUUUAAAAUAUGAAAAGAAAAUGAUUCAUUGUUUUUAUAUCUAUAUCCUGAAUGUUGAAUGCUUUUGUUUUGUUUUGAUUUUGGUUCCAAAGAUUUGUCAAAAGCACAUUUGCAGUCCGUUGUCUUCAGUAUAAAGCAGCCUUGGUAUUGUUGGUAUUAAGAUCCUCCGUUUCCUACCCGCUUGUUUUCUUAAUGCAUCAGUAGAAUGGACAAAUCAUCCAAACGCUUGCACUCCUAUUCUCCUCUGUUCUCUCUCUCUCUCUCUCUCUCUCUCUCUCUCUCUCUCUCUCUCUCUCUCUCUCUCUCUCUCUCUCUCUCUCUCUCUGUGUGUUAUCUUCUGUGCAGAUGGGGUUCUUAUUUUGUAAUGCCAUCCUUCUUGAAAGGCCUUGUGUUUUGGCCCGGGUCCAGUUAGGAGGAGUGAAGCAGAUAAUCUGAGGGGGUUUCUAAUGGUGGAGAUCCCGUAGUGGUGGUGUCCAGUGGACUGAUGCACCUGCUGGUAGUUCUGCUGUUAUCACUAAAGUAGGACCUUUUGUGAUUUAUUGAAUUGAGCCAUAUUUCAAUACCUUUCCAAGAGAGUCAAGAGUGUUUUGGUUUUGCUAGCAAAUAAAUGAACAAUACUUUUAUAUAAUCAAGGUUUACAGUAGACAUAGGCCUCUGAAGUGAGAUAUGAUGACCAGGGGCUUUGUUAAAGUCCAUUUUUCAAAGUCCAACUUUGAAAAAGGACUCCAUUCAUUUCAUCAUAGGAGACUAGGUGUAGAGGAAAAAUGUAAAAAAUCAAUCUUAUGGGGUUAGAUAGUUUAUUCCUCUGACGAAACUGUCAACCGGAGUAUUUUAUAGAGGUCCAUUUAAAUAUGAUAGAAGACAAUAAUUUGAUUGCUACACAAUGUUUUUGUUUUUCUGCUUAAUGGUUUGAUGUUUUCCUGAGUUGGGCACUUAGCCACCUGUAUUCUUUUUGUCAGUGUUAAAAGGAAAACAAUGACAAUGUGUCAGUUACUUUUAGGAUCCCCAUAUACUGGUAUUUUAAGAUGGACCAGUUCCAUUUUGUUGUAGGAUUUAAAAAGCUAGCCCACUCCUUCAAGCCAAUGUGUUAACACAUUAUCAGUGAUGGUACUAUGGCAAUUUGUACAAGUUAAUUCCGUCUUUAACUAAAUGGCUGCUGCAGUUGGUUGGCUUGCAAUGGUGUGGAAGAUUCCGUUAUUCUUAUAUAUCCUCAUUCUGCACCUUACUGUAAUGUUUAGCCAUUGGUUGAAAAUGCAUGUGGCUGUUUUUUCUUUCUUUCUUUCUUUUUAAAUAUCUAUUAUUUUUUAAUUUGAAUUCCUCUGUCAACUCCAAUACCAUUUGUGUUGUUCUUUGUAACUGAAUGUCCACAUAAACAGUUUUUAUAUAGAGA